AACUUUAUCCCCCAUCGAUAGUUCGCUUCGUUCAUUUACUUCACCGGUCCACUUUCUGCGCGACGGCAAUAUUCAAUUCAGCCAGCAGGAGGCGAGGAUGGCGACGGCGGACGAAGAAAUCAGAGAAGUCGACGAGAUGAGCUCGGAGACUACGCCGCUAAUCGAAGCCGACGGCAACCCAAAAUCCGCAGGGACGCCGGUGCCAGAAGCGGAGAUUCAUCUUUAUCGGCAAGGGAAAGGCCCGAUUGAAGUUUUCAAGAUGAAAUUGGGAGGGUGGGAGCAGGAUCAACUGGAGGUCCGAGACAUCCUCGAUAAGCACGGCUUCAAGUGCGUUUACGCUUUCAACCCCGGGUCCAUGACCCGGGGCACCCCGAUCCGAUUCAACCGGAAGAACGGCAGGUCCAUGCUUGCUUAUAAACACGGAGCCGUAAUUUACCUCGACGGCGAGCCACAGGAUUCGAUGAUAAAGCCGGUCACCAAGAUCUUGUUCGGGGUGGCAAUAAUAACCUUAUUCAUAACCGUACUGGUGAAAGAACCUCCUCAGUGGAUCAAGAAUUCCAGGAUCUUUGAGGGUAACUUUAACCCGUGGCUCCUCGCUUUGGGUGUUAUUGUGUUUACACGAAUUAGGAAGAGAACCAAAGACUUCUUAGGGAAUCGCAGCCAAUGAAGAUGUUCAUCUGCUGCGGAACAUAGCUUGAUGGGGGACACAGAAGUUUGAUAAUCAAGUUUGGGGCUUUGUGCUGUGAUCACUUGCUACGGAUGAAGGCAUGUGCUGUGAUCACUUGCUACGGAUGAAGGCAUGUGCAUGACAACGAGCCUGAAAGGGAAGGGUGGUUCCAUCUGGUUAUAUUAUGUUACCUCGAUUGCACCAGCUGGUGCACCUCUUCUGAGGUUAGGGCUUUGGACUAUGUUUUAAGGCUUUGUAUACUAGGCAACAGGCUAUUUCAGAUGUGAUGUUGCGGUAGAGACAUUGUUUUCUCCUUUUAUGGAACUGGAGAGAUGGACGUGAAACUAAAGAGUGGCCACCCUGUACCUCUUGUUGCAAGUGAAGCAACGUACACCAGGUUGCCUCUGUUCCAACUUCCAAUUAUGUCGACGGUAGUCUCACAAAUCCUCUAGGCGGCAUGCAAGGACCUGGUCGAGCAACUAUAUAUUGGGACUUCUCCCGCUGUCAGAGCCACCAUCCCAACUGCCUGCACCACAAAACAAAUGCUGGUGGGGCUGCUCCACCCAUACAGAUUGUUCCUCCGCCACUCGCCCCAACCAUGGCGAGUUGGAAAGUCCCCGGAUUGAUAACACCUAAAAUAGUCGUUAGUUAGUCCUUAUUCUUAGGGGAUUUGGUUGUUAAAUCAUCGUGUCAAGGCCACAUAUCAAGUUAUUUAUGCAUAUUUUCGUUCCUAUUUGCAAAACAAUUUGUAUUAGCAUAU